AUGGCUAACAACAGCCCCGCGCUGACAGGCAACUCGCAACCGCAGCACCAGGCGGCCGCGGCCGUGGCCCAGCAGCAGCAGCCAUGCGGCGGCGGCGGCGCCACCAAGCCGGCGGUAUCGGGCAAGCAGGGCAAUGUACUGCCGCUGUGGGGCAACGAGAAGACCAUGAACCUCAACCCCAUGAUCCUCACCAACAUCCUGUCGUCGCCUUACUUCAAAGUGCAGCUUUACGAGCUCAAGACCUACCACGAGGUGGUGGACGAGAUCUACUUUAAGGUCACACAUGUUGAGCCGUGGGAGAAAGGAAGCAGGAAGACAGCUGGCCAGACGGGGAUGUGCGGAGGGGUUCGAGGUGUUGGAACAGGAGGCAUUGUUUCUACCGCUUUUUGUCUGUUAUACAAAUUAUUCACCCUGAAGUUAACUCGAAAGCAAGUGAUGGGUCUCAUAACACAUACAGACUCUCCGUAUAUUAGAGCCCUUGGAUUUAUGUAUAUAAGGUAUACACAACCUCCUACAGACCUGUGGGACUGGUUUGAACCCUUCCUUGAUGAUGAGGAGGACCUAGAUGUGAAAGCUGGCGGAGGCUGCGUAAUGACCAUUGGAGAGAUGCUUCGCUCCUUUCUCACAAAGCUGGAGUGGUUCUCUACAUUGUUUCCAAGAAUCCCAGUUCCAGUUCAGAAGAAUAUUGAUCAACAGAUUAAGACCCGGCCUAGGAAGAUUAAAAAAGAUGGCAAGGAAGGGGUUGAGGAGAUAGACAGACAUGUUGAGCGCCGGCGAUCCAGGUCUCCAAGGAGAUCACUGAGUCCACGGAGAUCUCCAAGAAGAUCCAGAAGUAGAAGUCAUCACCGGGAGGGCCAUGGAUCUUCUAGUUUUGACAGAGAAUUAGAAAGAGAGAAAGAACGGCAGCGACUAGAGCGGGAAGCCAAAGAGAGAGAGAAGGAAAGGCGAAGAUCCCGAAGUAUUGAUCGGGGGUUAGAGCGCAGGCGCAGCCGGAGUAGGGAAAGGCAUAGAAGUCGCAGUCGAAGUCGUGAUAGGAAAGGGGAUAGAAGAGACAGGGAUCGGGAAAGAGAGAAAGAAAAUGAGAGAGGUCGAAGACGAGAUCGAGAUUAUGAUAAAGAGAGAGGAGAAAGGGACCGGGAGAGAUCGAGAGAGCGCUCCAAGGAGCAGAGGAGUAGGGGUGAGGGAGAGGAGAAGAAGCACAAAGAAGACAAGGAGGAUAGGCGACACAGAGACGACAAAAAAGAUGCCAAGAAAAAACACAGCAGAAGUAGAAGCAGAGAAAGGAAACACAGAAGUAGAAGCAGAAGCAGAAAUGCAGGGAAACGGAGCAGGAGCAGGAGCAAAGACAAGUCAAGCAAACAUAAAAACGAAAGCAAAGAAAAGUCAAAUAAAAGAAGUAGAAGUGGCAGUCAAGGAAGAACUGGCAGUGUUGAAAAAUUGAGAAAACGAGAACACAGCCCUAGCAAAGAGAAGUCUAGAAAGCGCAGCCGAAGCCAAGACCGCUCCCACAAGAGAGAUCAUGGGGAUGGCAAGGACCAGUCAGACAGACAGGAUCAUCAGAGGAGCCAGAGUGUAGAGCCGGAGAGCCAAGAAAGAGAACAUAAAAACAAAGAUGAGACUGUGUGAAGAUUUUGUAAAAUUGGAUCACAUUGAAUCCUAUAAAUGUUGAUUAAAUUCUGCUUUUUUUCCCCCAAGUUAAGAUUGUGCAGUAGUUAUGCACUCUUUGAGCUCCCUGUAGGCUGUGUUUUCAUUUCUUUUUGUGUAGGGAAGUGCCUUUGUAAUCCCAUAUAUUGCAUUGUUUUCACCCAGUUGAGUUGACACAUGAUGCACAGAUUGUUCUUGCAUUUUGUUUGUUUUUAAAAUGUACAGUCUGUACAUAUGUCCUGAAAAUGUUUUAAUUCCUUUGGCAUGGUUGCCAUGUUGGUUAAAUUUGUAUAAGGCAAUAAACUGCCACUAAUUCUAUUUUGUUUUGUAGGUGUGGGAUUAUGGUUGUGUACUGAAGUUAGCAUGGCUGUGCUUUUCAUAAUAGAAUGCUAAAGACUUUGGGAAUGGAUCUUGGAUGUUUGUUUUAGGAGAAUUAUGUGCUUUCGGUAUACAUGAAGGCAACAGUUGUAGGGUUAACAUUCUUGUCCACUGUAUAUUACCUUGGAAGCUCUUGUUCAUAUGUUAUACUUAAUAUUCUCCACAGCUAAUGUUAGAGAAGAUUUAUGAGAGGUUUAAAUUAGGCUGUGAUUCGAUCAAAAGUCCUUUUAGCAUUCUACCUCAAAGGGACAUUGUUAGUAUGCCUAAAGUUUAUUCACCGAGUUUCUUUUUUAAAAAAUACAUUGACAUGUGCUUUUCCCCUCCUUGAAUUCUUUCUCAGAUUUUAAAAGUACUAUAUUAAAAAGCCGUGUAAAGCCUGGCAUUGCAGCAGCCCUAUACUAACAAGUGAUGGGGAGAGGGUGGGGCACGCGGGCAGAGAAGCAUUCAAGCCUCAAGCUUCCAAAGCAUUUUUAUAAAUGGAGAAUACUUAAAUUAUGAAACAGCUUGAUAUAGUAUCCUUUUUUUAAAAUUGAAAACUUUUUUUAUUGAUGAAGACUGCUGUUUGAGUUUUUAAACUUAAUCUAGGAACAGUAUAACAGUAAUGCAGUGCUGCGUUAUUUAAGACUAUCAGCAGAUUAUUUGAUAGAUUGUUCUUAUGACUUGUAUUCUGAUUUCAGAAAACCAUCAUGAGUAUGGAAUAAAUACUGGAUUAAAUCCUUUA